CUCCGACACCCACCAUGCAGCCGCGAGCUCGCCUCCAUUGACGACGCUCCCCACUCCCGGGAACGAUGCUACUGACUGGGAGGCAGGCCGCCGUUCUCGCUGUCUUUGCCGGCAUAGUGUUGCCCACCGCCGCGCGCAUCGCGUCUUCACCGCUCGCGCUUGUCCUAUGCCUCCCGUUCCUCCUGGUGCUCACGGUCCUUGGAUUUCUGGUGCUCAAUGUCGCUCUCGGCUACCUGUUGGACAGCUCGAGGCCACCAGUGCCUAACGCCUUGCCCCAUGCUGCCCGACCACUCGCCUUCUCCACUCCGGCGGCGUGGCAGGCUGUCCUAACGCGUUCCCAAUGGUCGCACAAGGCCCCGCAAUCACUACCGCCUCUGUGCCCCGACUCCCCGGUGAUUUCUGCCGCACUCAAUGACAUCCUAAUCAUGAUUGUGAGAGACUUCGUGCUCGUUUGGUACCGCAACAUUUCAGCUUCGCCAUCCUUCCCGACGGCGGUGUCCUCGAUCUUGCACAGCUCCAUCGAACAGUUGCUAGCUCGCGUCGAGACUCUGGACCUCUCUGCCCUCAUUGUGAAGCGGAUCGUGCCCAAGGUCACCGCACAUAUCGAGCAAUUUCGGCAGUCCGAAGUCGCACUGCGGGGUGCCGAGCUGGAACGCAGGUUGACGCAGUCGGAGGAGCUUGACUUGUUGUUGGCCAGUCGAUAUGCUGGAAGGGGUGGAGGAAAGCUACAUCGCGCUGUAGAUAACCUCUCCUCGACGUUCACCAGGCAAACGGAGGAGAACCACUUACGAGAGCUCAUUGACAAGGCGCUCCCUACCAUCUUGCCCGAGAAAGAGGCGAAGAGCCAGGCUGUGAGGCAUGUGGUCAGGGAGAUCGUGGCUUGCGCUGUACUCUACCCCAUCAUGGACAUGGUCGCUGAUCCCGACUUUUGGAAUCGUUCAAUCGACUCUGUGGCGGGAGCAGCUAUACGUCAACAGAGGCUCGUGUCGAAAGUACGCAACAUUCUGGAGGCUCAACUACCUCGUCCAAAUGCCCGUGUGCCCGAGUUGAAAGUCCCUACGACGGAAACCAUCACCAUACGUACGGAUCCACGACAAUUUGAGUCGUUCUUGCGUAGCAUCAAUCGCUGCUCGUCCCUCCUCGACGCCAGGAGACUAAAGAACGACGUAAUGAGCGAGAUCAGGCGCAACCGGACACUGCUCGCAAACCAUGAGAAGGACGACUGGAUCAAUGGUGAGAAGACAGAAGAUAUAGUCGCUUUUCUGGACAGACUGUAUACCGCCAAGCGCACCGCGGAGAAGCGAAUCGCUGUCUUGGGUGGAGAGUCUGAGCCGCGUUCAGCAACUGUGACAGAACCGCACCCGGUGUCAAGUCUCAGUCUACGCGACGUCUUAACCAACCCAAGCUCCCUGUCGUACUUCAUGGAGUUCAUGGACCGCCGCCAUCGUUCUCUGCUAGUCCAGUUCUGGCUGACAGUCGAGAGUUUCAAGAACCCCCUCGAGUCAGUAGACUCGGACAGCGACGAUGACGACGACGAAGCAGUCCUGGACCCUGCACGCUCCGCCACACUGAAGGAAGAUAUCUCCAUGAUGAACGAGCUCUACUUCUCCAGCACAUCGCCUGACCCCGUCCUCAGAGCCAUCUCGCAGAAGCACGUAGAGGCCAUCCAUUCGUUCGGACUAUCCGAGGACCCGCCUACACCAGCGGAGGAAAGCAGGGUCCGCAAGAGCGUCAUGCUCGCGCAGAGGCAGGUCGAACGCGAGAUGGAGCAGGACUUCGAGGACUUUCAGCGCUCAGAACUGUGGUUCCGCGUCGUGGGAGAUAUGGAGUUGCAAGGCCGCAGAGACGCAGCUGUGUCUUCGCACAACACGAAUACUGAGUCAUCUCUCAUGUCCCGGACACCGUCUGGGGUCUCGCGGGGUUCCUCUACGUCGUCCGAGCGUGGCCCGAGGACACCGGUGCAGCGGUCCUACUCGUCUCCGGUGCUGAAGCUCCCCUUGGGUCAGAGGUCGAUGGGCGUUGCUAUAUCGUCGCCUGCUACGCCGCUCGGCGCGCCUCCCCCAAACGCUCCACCACGGCCUGUUGCGUCGGCGUCGAACUUGGAAUUGCUCAUGUCGCCCGCCCCGGAUUCACCCUCUACCUCUAUGAACCGAGCGCCGCUCUUCGACGACCCUGCCGAUCCAGAGAUGCAACAGAUCACUGAGCAGUCAAGACGUAUGGAGGCCAUCCAGGCUGCGCUGACUGACAUCAUUGCGCUCGACAAGCGGGAUCAUCCUCUGGAGUCGAAGAACCCGGAUGGCCUGCCGAGCACACUGAGCGACAGCAGCAUCCCCGAGAAGAAGCGUGUGCUCUUUGACGAUGAGGUGUAUGAGGAGGAGCGGGCGGAAGACGAUGCUGACGAGGGGCACGGUUCCUUCCAGCUCGCUGGCCCCGGCGAUUUGCAGCUCUCGCACGAGAUCGCGAGGCUUGCGAGCAAGAUCGAGACGCUGCAGUCGCAGGAUGCCAUGUUGGACACUCUGAUCAAGAAGGCUGACCUGACCGGCGACGCUCAGGAGCUCAGGUUGUUGCGCAAGUCAAAGUCUUCUCUGACGAGGGAACUGCGGGAACUGGGCUUCCAGAAGACUCAGUACGAGCAGCAGGAAUCGGCCAAUCGUCUCCUUUCAGAUCGUACGAAGGUCGCCAUCGUGAACUCCACAGUGGGCGAGGAGGACGGCAAGUCAGUAGUGCGCUAUCUCAUUGAAGUGCAGCAGCUCGCUCCGGACGGGAAUCAUACGUCUGGCUGGGUCGUCGCGCGGCGUUACAACGAGUUCUUCAACAUGCACAACAAGCUCAGGGAGCGGUAUGCCCUUGUGCGAAAUCUGGACUUCCCGGGAAAGCGACUUGUGACGUCCCUGACAUCGAGCUUCGUCGAUUAUCGGCGGGUUGCUCUCGAGAAGUACUUGCAGAGCUUGAUAACCAUCCCUGCUGUAUGCGAGAGCGACGAACUCCGGAACUUCUUGUCCCGCGACUCUCCCUUUAUCGCAACGGCCCCGACCGAAUCUACUACCAAGGCAGCGGCAGCGGCUCCUUCCACUGGCAAGGGCCUCGUCCAAUCCGUCUACAAGUCCGUCACCGACAGCAUCGACGACAUGUUCUUCGGCCCCUCGAUGCUCGACGUCAUCAUUCAGCGACUUACCACCCAAGCUGCUGAGUUUGCCGGUAUCGUAGGCAGCGGCGUCCAUGACGAAGACCUCGUUGCACAGGCAUUGAAGGCAUCAGGCAAGACAGGCUCGGAUGAUGCUUUGUUGCAGCUCUCAGGUGAUCUGAAGCCGAUGCAAGGCGAGACGAGUAACUCAACAUUCUCGUCUCCUAUAUGCGACUUGAUCCUCGCCGUCUUUGAACUGGACAAGAAGAACAAUUGGUUGCGGAGGCAGGCCAUCGUAAUUAUUCUGCAGCAAGUCUUUGGCGAUACCAUUGAACGCAAAAUCCGGGAAACGCUCAAGUCGUAUCUGGACGAGCCACAUGUGGUCGACUAUAUUGGCAAAUUCAAAGACGGACUCUGGCCCAGCGGACAACUGAAACCACCUUCUGCACCACGCACGGCGGAGGACAAGGUCCGCACGAGAGAUGAGGCCAAUCGCAAGCUCUCUGCUUUGAUGCCAGACCUGGUAGCCAACAUGAUCGGCCGGUCCAACGCGCGUCGCGGAGCCCGACGGAUAUUCGCCGUGCUCCAGAACCGACGCCUCAAUCAACACCUGCUGUACACCAUCGUUGAUGAGGUGUUUGCUGCGAUGUUCACAGACGCACCGUCAUAAUUCCAUGACACCUCGUGGGCUUUCAGGUGGCUAUAACGAACUUUCAUGAUGAUACCACGGGGACCAUAUAUUAUAAAUACCAUUUAAAGACCUACACCCCGCU